AUGGCUCCUGCGGCUACUAAGCAGCAGUCGACGUUGUCCGGCUGGUUUACAACCCCAGCAUCGUCUGCUCAUUCGAAGCCUGGCCCAUCAGCAUCAGCAAAGAAGCCUACUGUCGUAGGGAAGCCCACUCCACCGGCCCGAAGCAGGAGUGACGAACAAAAUGACUUCGAAUUGCCAGACCCGAAACGUCGGAAGGUCAUCCCGGAGACUAGUCGAAACGACACACCCGAGGAGGAUGACGAGCCUCGAGCCUCCCUGAGAUCUGUAUCUGGCAACGGCACCAUCAUCAGACAACCACCUCGGACGCCACUGUCGAGUCGGACUUCGAAGUAUGCCUUUUCUCAGUCACCGCAGCAAGAGAAUCGGGCGCCCUCGCCGCUAGAUCCUGAGGAGGAGCAGAGAAAGGAGGACCUACACCACCGUUUUGUGCGGAAACUAGGUCGGCCUGACAGCAUCGCUGAUAUUCGCCGCCGGAAUCGAAUCCUCAACAGCGAUGAGGAGGAUGGUGCGGACGAAGAAGGUGAUGAUGAUGCAGAAGAAGAGCCGAAGCCCAAGAAAGGCGUCAAGGCUAUUAAUAAGGGUGGCAACAAGCUGACACCUAUGGAGAAACAAGUCAUUGAAAUCAAGCAAGCACAUCCUGAUACACUGCUGGUGGUCGAAGUUGGUUACAAGUUCCGCUUCUUCGGUGAGGACGCUCGCACAGCGGCUCGGGAACUAAGCAUCGUCUGCAUUCCCGGCAAAAUGCGUUUCGACGAGCAUGUAUCCGAAGCGCACCUCAACCGCUUUGCCUCAGCAAGCAUUCCGGUGCAUCGGUUGCACGUACAUGUGCGUCGCCUGGUCUCGGCGGGCCACAAAGUUGGCGUGGUCCGACAACUAGAGACCGCGGCAUUGAAAGCAGUGGGAGACAACAGGAACACGCCCUUCACCAGGAAAUUGACGAAUCUCUACACAAAAGGCACCUACAUCGAUGAUACCGAAGGCAUUGAGGACAACGGCUCCCCUCCGCCUGAAGCUCCUGCGACAGGCUUUUUGCUUUGCCUGACAGAAGAGAAAGUCAAGGGCUACGGCAAUGACGAAAAGGUACACGUGGGCAUCCUAGCUGUGCAACCAGCUACGGGGGAUAUUGUUUACGACAACUUCGAUGAUGGAUUUAUGCGAAGUGAGAUUGAGACACGUCUACUGCACAUCGCACCAUGCGAGCUACUGAUUGUCGGUGACCUGUCAAAGGCGACAGACAAAGUCGUCAUGCAUCUUGCUGGUAGCAAGACCAAUGUCUUCGGUGACAAGGUUCGAGUGGAGCGGCUAAACAAGCACAAAACUAUUGCGGCCGAAUCCCACAACCACAUCUCGAAUUUCUAUGCAAAGAAGUUGAGGGAUGUUGACGAAAACGACGGUGGCAAGGCGGCCAAAAUCCUUGAUAAGAUCUUGGGUUUGCCCGAGCAUGUUGUGAUUUGUCUAUCAAGCAUGAUCACGCACCUGACGGACUACGGCCUUGAACAUGUCUUCAAUCUUACUAAAUACUUUCAGCCAUUUUCUGCUCGAUCACAUAUGCUGCUGAAUGGCAACACGCUCAACAGUCUCGAGGUGUAUCAGAAUCAGACCGAUCACACGAUCAAAGGCAGCUUAUUCUGGACGCUGGACCGGACUAAAACCAAGUAUGGCAGUCGACUUCUACGAAAGUGGGUUGGGCGCCCUCUGCUUGACAAGGCUGCUAUCGAAGCGCGAUUCGCUGCAGUUGAAGAACUGCUGGCUUCAGGUCAUGGCGUCAUGGUCGAUAAGUUGACGGGAAUACUUGUCAAAACACGAUGGGAUCUGGAGAAGAGCUUGCUGCGCAUCUACUACGGCAAGUGUACGCGUAAAGAGCUUCUCAAUGUACUGCAAUCACUGCAAUCAAUCGGUCAGGAGUUCAGUCACAUCAAAGACGAGUCAUCCACGGGCUUCGAAUCACCUUUGCUGGCUUCGGCUGUUGCUUCACUACCAGCAAUCCUGCCAGUCGUGAUGGUGCACCUUGAAAAGAUCAAUGCUGCCGCGGCUCGGGAAGACGACAAAUACGCUUUCUUUCUGGAUGCGUACGAAACCGAAGCAAUUGAAGAGCACAAGCAUGGCAUUGCCAGUGUCGAGCACGAUCUUGACCAAUUGAGAUCAGAGUUCGCUCAAGUCCUCGGCAAGAAACAGCCAGUGGACUACAACACGACUGCGGGCAUCGAGUAUCUGAUCGAGGUCGACAACGCCUCCGCAGCCAUCAAGAAAGUGCCUGCGACCUGGACCAAGAUCUCCGGCACCAAAAAGCUGUCUCGAUUCCAGCCACCAAAAGUCUCGACCCUAGUGAAGGAGCGAGAUCAGCACAAAGAGUCCUUAGCAGCUGCUUGCGAUGAAGCCUACACAGACUUUCUGACCAGCAUCAGCGGAGAUUAUCAGGUCCUCCGUGACACCAUUCAGUCUCUGGCAACUAUAGACUGCUUGAUGUCACUCGCUAAUGUCGCAUCGCAACCAGGCUACACCAAGCCAUCGUUCGUCAAUCGCACAAGAAUCAACAUUCAAGGCGCUCGACACCCUAUGAUCGAGCAACUACUCCUGGAUGCUUACGUGCCAAAUGAUGUGAACCUAACCCACGAGCAGAGAGCACUGCUCGUGACAGGCCCGAACAUGGGCGGCAAGUCAUCCUAUGUCCGCAGUGUAGCGCUCAUCGCAAUUAUGGCACAGAUCGGCUCCUUCGUGCCUGCAGACAGUGCCGAGCUGGGGAUCCUAGAUGCAGUCUUCACUCGCAUGGGCGCUUUUGACAAUAUGAUGAAGGGCGAAAGCACUUUCAUGGUCGAGCUCUCGGAGACGAGCGAUAUCUUGAAGCUGGCCACAGACCGCAGCCUGGUUGUCCUCGAUGAGUUGGGCAGAGGAACGAGCACUCACGAUGGCAUGGCUAUAGCCAGCAGUGUCCUGGACUGGCUCAUACGUGAGAAGAAGUGCCUGACCCUCUUCAUAACUCACUAUCAAGCGCUGGCUCGUUUGCAAGAUCAAUUUUCGGAGGGCGAGCUUCGGAAUGUGCAUAUGAAAUUCGAACAUAGCGGCGAAGGUGAUCAUGAGGAAGUCACGUUCCUGUAUGAGGUUGGCGAAGGUGUCAGCUACCGAAGCUAUGGUUUGAACGUGGCUCGUUUGGCCGGACUCGCCUCGGGUGUCAGAGAGGUGGCUCGGGAGAAGAGUGAGAUGCUGGAAUGCGAGAUGAAGACGAGACGCGUGCGGGCUCUGGGUAAGCUCCUUGAGAGCGGAGGAGAGGAUGAUGGAGUUCUUGAGAGACUCGUCGAGGGCAUCGAAGGACUUUGA